CGAACCAAACUGCGGGUCUGGGAAUCGGUUUGAUUGAACCGGCGGUGACCCGUUCAGUCCAGUCGAACUGGGUUGACCCGGUUCUGGAGGGGCUAUGCUUGUGAAAGGAAAUCUAGUGAAGAUUCCCCUUUACAAGCAAAGGAGAACCCUGCCUUUAAAAGAGUACUGAGGGCGGCUGGGGGCAGUGAGAGGGCACCUUACUUGCUUCGGUGGUGACUCCUCUAAACCUCACUGGUCCUCCCCCCACAGCAGAGCAGGCCGGUGGCAGUUCGGUUCCGGCCUUUACCAGCCCACACUGCAGGGCGGGGAGCACCAGUGGGGUUUAGAGGAGCCUCUGCCACCGUGCCACUUCUUUUCUGGGAAGCGAAUUUGAUUCUAACCGGUUCUGCACACCCCUAUUUUGAACCCGGUGUUUAGCUGAGGUUAAGCGAAACUGUGGUUUGCUUAUACGACGAUUGCCUCCGGGUUCAACAGAGUUGAACUUGCCCGUUGAACUUCCAGCAGCGAGCCAGAGGGAAGGAGUGGAUGCGCUAAGUGUGGUGCACCCUGGGAUGUGGGAGGGGAAAGUCCUCCCACUCCCAGCUCUUGGCCUUCACUGCGCUGCUGCUCAUGUGGGUGUGCGGCUAAGGCAUGAACAGCCACAGCUCGUCUGCCGUGCCGCGGAAGCUCCUGCCUUCCCCGCAGCCUGUGAAAGCGGCGGCCAAAGGAUUUUGAAAAGAGGAAAAUGGAAACAGACACUUUCAAGCAUAAAGACCAGGUGUCUCAGUGGGUUGCAAAAGAUUCACCAGGACAUGUACCAUCUCAUAGCACAACUGAUGAGAAAGUGGGGCUUUCCUUAGGUUUGGGCUGGGUAAAUGGCACAAAUGACUCCUUCUCCAGACAGUUCACACCACUGAACACUUCUGCAAACAGCACCAUGCUGGGAAGAGAUGUUGCUCUACUAGGUGACAUGGGACAUGCUCAAACCUUUCAGGACACACAGCCAUUCAGUUAUUUGUCCAGCGCUAUUCUUUUUCCUCAUUUAUUACCACCAGCUCAGACUGGAAUGCUCCAUGCCAAUAAACAUAAUGAAUCCUUAGGAAUCUCGAGUUCUGCGGCUACUGUUUCUCCUUCUUUGAUAACUCAGGAAGCCAGAUUCUAUCAAAGCAAGGAACAGAGUCCAGGGCAGCAAGAGCAGUUAAUGAGGCUUCAGAUGGAGCACCUGCAAAGGCUAGUAACUGAGCAGCAGAAAAUCAUUACAUUCUAUAAUCCAGGCCUUUCUUUGUCUCCUGGUAUUUCUCCCCACCUUGCUACAAUGCCACCCAUUUCAAGAAUCCCAGCUGCUUUAUUUCCUGUCCAGCUCUCUUUAGAAAAUUCCUUACACGUUCAGAAUAAUGGAUGCUCACAAACCAGUCCCUUAAUAAUGAAACCUACUACAAGAAUCCCAGAAAACAGCAGCUGCUCAAAGACUUCAAGAGAGCACCCUGAGCCUCAGAAAACAGGAACAAACAUGGAACUGUUAUCACAAAGUCAAAAGACUUUCAGAAACAAUCUUUCCGUAAAGGAUACUGAGGAAGAGAAAAACAGUACAAGAAAAGAAGCAAGCCUUCUACAUGAAGAAUUUUGCUUUGAAACUUGGCCAGCUAUCGAAGAAGAACAUGGGGGACAAAAAGUUGAUGAACAUGUUGCUCUGUCCCCUUUUGGAAUAAGAAUGAAGUCAAGAAAUGUCGAUGACAGACCAAUCAGACCUGGAAUUGGUGUGAGACAGAAAACGUUUGAAGAAUUUGUUGAAGAGCAACUUAAAGUAGAUUCUGAAAGAACAGAAAAACAGCAGCAGAACUCCUGUGAGACUAAAGUGAUUGCUCGGAAGUCAUUUUUGAAACGUGGGGAAGGUACUGCAAGGCAUGGAAAAAAUAAAGAGAACCUUGGCAAGGAGCCAACCAAACUUCUCAGGAGAGUCAGCUUUGAUUGCCCAAAUAACUUUUCUUGGCUUGUUCAAGGGGACACAGGGAAGUUACUGGGGAAAUGCCCCCAGUUAAAAAGGCAAGUCAGUAACCCCACAGUACUAUUCAGGGGCGAUAAAGAUAAAAACUUUGUCACCUCCAAGGGUGAGAGAAAAUGUCAGGUUAGUAACCAUGAGGAAAUGUCAGAAGAAAGAAAAGGCAGCAGGGACAGUGGUGGAUAUGAUAAUAAAGAGAUGAUAAAUGAAAAAGAACUUUAUGCACUAUCUCAAAGUAAUUGGUCCAAAUGUUCACAGGAAUGUCAUGAUCAAAUAAGUAAACUUGAAGCAGAAGUUACUGAAAAAACUCAAGUCUCAUGUCCUGGCUCUCAAGAACAUUCAGUUGGCAUUGACAGCCCACCCACAGAACCUGAAGUUCCAUUGUGGUUUUUGGAAGACGGUGUGUCACAGGAAGCAGAAAGGCCCAUGGAUGUUUCACCAAAUGUUUCUGAGCCCCAUAACUUAGAAAGAAAUCAAGCCAAUGAAGAGGAUCAGAAUGCCAGACUUCAGCUUCCUCAAAAUGGGAAUAGGAUCAGACAAUGUGAAAGUGAAUAUUGUGUUGCUCUGGACAAAAGUUCAGAGAUCCAGGAAGACACUGGCCCUGGAUUUAAGAAAGUCAAUGACCGAAUUAUAAAAGUUACUACUAAAAUAGACAGAAAACAGUUGACCAAAACUGCUCAUUUCCAAAAGAAACACCACAACGCAGAUGCUGCUAGCAAAUGGAAGCUAAAAUCCCUCUCUAAUGAUUCCAACUGUAUAUCUACUGACACUGAAGAUGAACCCACAUCUCAGUGCACUCAGAGUCCGUUCCUUAUAAGGUCCAGUACCCACAGAUCAGCUAACAGAGACAAGAACUUGGAUCUUUCUGAUCCUGACUAUGCUACUGAUGAGCCCAGUGAUGCAGAAGAUUUCUGCUUAAAAGGCCAUAGAAAAUCUCCUGCCAAGAAGUUUGGUGUCCAGGAGCUAUCAGAUCAAGAAGCCAGCCUCAUCACAAGCAGCAGCAGCAGUGAGUCUAUUGCUGGUGUUGGCAGUCCGAAAGGUAGAAAGGCGCUUUCUCUCCUUCAAAAAUCUCCCCUUCAUCCUUCACAAACUACAAGAAGAGGAAGGGGGCCUGAAACAGGGAACAAGGAUAGUGUCAGUCAUAGUGCAGAAUUCAGUUUGCAGCCAGCUGCUUUGAUGAGUGAUCUUGUGGCCACCCUCUUCCCAGUUUUCAAGACUAGAGCAAACCAAGAAGAUGAAAAACUUACUCUAGAGCAAGUUCAAGAAAGGUCUACUGACAAGUUAGAGGAAAGGGAAAGGGAGGCUCAGCUGCAUCACAGGGAAACCUCUCUGCUAGCUCAGAUGAAAAAAGAACAAACAAAAGCCAUGGAUUUUCUCAGAAGACAAAUAACCCAAUUUGAGGCCAUGAGGCCUCCAAAAGCACAUCACCCUGAAGAGUGCAAGAGUGAGGAAGCUCUGAAACUACUGAAAGAAAAGGCUGAACUUGAGAACCACACAACAGUAGUUAGAGGAAAGGGAGAAUCUGGAGACAUACAAGCAUUAAAGCAGCAAAUAGCUGGGCUACAGGAGGCAUUUAAGAGAAAUGAGUCCCACUGGCAUGCUGCCCAUGGCGAAUUAAAAAGUCAGGUUGAAGCACUGACCAAGCAAAACCUGGAGCUUCAAGAUGAGCUCAGAGUUUCUGAGCAUCAGAGGAUGGAAGCAGAAAGAAAAUAUGGAGCUAUGGAUUUAAUCAGCAGAAAAGCAGAGACACCGGUAGCAGCAGCUAUUCUGAGAGAGACAUCUUCUCAAGAGACACAGGAAGAGAGAUCAUCACGAGCUAGUCACAGGAGCCACAGCAAUGAACAUAUAGGAAGGAAAAUCCCACUAGGUGAAUUGGUCCCUAGAGAUGGGAAUACACAGGUAACAAGAAGUACACUGCAAAGGUCUAAGUCACUGAAAUCUGCAUCAGCAGAACACAGAGUGAAGAUCCCAUCUAAAACUCUUCAGCACAGAAGUGCCACACCUACAGGUUGGAGGACACCCCAUCAAACACCAUUUGAACUACAGAAAGCUUUACAGUUUUCUCCUAACAAGCAACAAAAUUAUGGAAGAAAAUCACCAGCUUCUCAUCUGUUUAAGGACUCCAGUUCAUCUUCGUAUGUAAAAGGUAGUUCAGAAGAUGCAGUGUUUUUAAGCAGCCAAAACAUUUUAAGCUCCUCAUCCUUGAGUAAUGAGGAAAUACAGGGGAAAGAGAAUUGUAACUUUAAAGAGAGAUCUGUGGAGUCUUCUGAACAGGUGGCCUCUGCUACCAUUUCCAAGAGAAAUAGCAUAACUUCAAGUGGCAGAAAAACACCUGCAGAAAAUCUUCCCGCUUUUGUGGAUGCUGUGGCAAAGAUUUCACCUCCAAAAUCAAUACUGUUCAGAAGUGCAUCACUAUACGAUGAAAGCAAAAAUGAGGAAGUGAAAGAAAAAAUAGAAUAUCCAGAUGGAAAGAUGGAACAGCUGUUAACUGAUGGGCGUAGAAUUAUUACUUUCCGCAAUGGCACAAAAAAGGAGAUCAGCACUGAUGAAAAGACUACUGUUUUUACUUUUUUCAAUGGAGAUAUUAAGAGGAUCUUACCAGAUCAGAGAGUGAUUUAUUAUUAUGCAGAUGCACAGACAACCCAUACCACUUACCCAAAUGGCUUGGAGGUGCUGCAGUUUCCUAAUAAUCAGAUUGAAAAACACCACCCUGAUGGUACCAAAGAAAUUGUGUUUCCGGACCAAACAGUGAAAUGCCUCUAUGACAGCGGCCUUGAAGAAACUGUGUUCCCAGACGGCACAGUUGUCAAACUAGAAAAAAAUGGAGCUAAAACUGUUCUGUUCAAUAAUGGGCAAAAGGAGAUUCAUACUGCACAGUUCAAGAGAAGGGAGUACCCUGAUGGUACCGUCAAGACUGUGUAUGCUAAUGGACAACAGGAAAUCAAGUAUCCUUCUGGGCGGGUGCGAAUCAAAGAUGAGAAGGGGAGCCUUAUCCUCAGUCAAAAGUGACUUGUGUCCUCUGGGUGGUGUACUUAGUGUAUGUAUAUGUAGCUUAAAGCAGUUUCUGUUUGAAACAUUAUUCUUUUUAUGUUGUAGAUGACCAUGUUUUAGCAAUUUGUUUCAUUCUCUUCCCUUCUGUUCUUUUGUUUUUAUGUAAUUAAUGGAUACAAGUGAAAACAAAUACUGGGGGUAAAUGUAUCAUUUUCUGUUCACUAGAUUGGAUUUAAAUAGCAUGGGUUUGGCAACUCAAGGCCAUAUAUAUAUAUUGGCUUACAUUGUCUGCAGGGCUAGGACAAUGGAAGUAGUCCUGCAGAUCUCAAGUGUGUUCUAGUCCCCCUUCUGCCUUAGUGGAGGUGGAGGGUGCAACUUUACUGCUCUCUUUCCCCUCCAGAUUGAGUUUUACAUGCAGGAAUCUGUACAUGAGAGGAGCAUGCUUCCAUUUUCUACCUGUAAAUGUCCCAGAGACAUUUGCUGGCUGUUGUUGGAAAUGGAAUUCUGGACUAGAUGGGUCUUGGGUCUGAUGAUUCUGAUCCCACCGGCUUGUUCUUACAGUAUGUUGUGCUUCAUAUAUUGAUUCUUCAGCUUCGAUCAAUCGGAUGCUGAAAUGCCUGGCAGGCGAAAGUUCUUACCAUGAUACCUGUUUUUGAUGCCAAGGACUUUGGAUUAUUGUACUGUAUAUGUGCUUGAGUGGAGGUGGGAAGAAGUGUGCUGGAUCCUGCCAUGGUGUACAAAGCUGGACUUGAUGACCUUCUGAUCCCUCCAGUCCUAUAUAAUUCUCUGAAAAGCAUGAUAGCUGUUUCAUGCAGUGCAACAAGGAAUCUAAAAUUCCCUUCUAAAACCAUUUGCAUAGAAUCGACUAAAUUGAGCAUGAUAAGUUUAGAAAGUAACAAGUUCUCAUAAUAAUCUUUGAAAUGCUCUGAGGGCAUCCCCCCUUCCCUUAGGAACAUAGGCAACUGCCAUAUACUGAGUCAGACCAUUGGUCUAUCUAGCUCAGUAUUAUCUUCACAGACAGCGGCUUCUCCAAGGUUGCAGGCAGGAAUCUCUCUCAGCCCUAUCUUGGAGAUGCCAGGGAGGGAACCUGGAACCUAGAUGCUCUUCCCAGAGCAGCUCCAUCCCCUAAGGGGAAUAUCUUACAGUGCUCACCCAUCAAAUCUCCCAUUCAUAUGCAACCAGGGUGGACCCUGCUUAGCUAUGGGGACAAGUCAUGCUUGCUACCACAAGACCAGCUCUCCUCUAAUAAAGGUUCAAAACAAUAUUUCAAACAUACCAAGAGCCUCCUGAUUGAAAUACAGAAGCCUUAUUCAGACAUUAUUAGUAAGAUGCUGUAGGGAAGUAUAGCAUUCAAAAUGGAGGCAGAAGUCCCACCCCAACCCUGUCAAGUCAUUCAUGGCAGUGCACCACUCAUAGUUAGAGGGGCGUUAGCCUCUUCAGACCAACACCCCUCUAACCGUGAGUGGUGCACUGCUGUGAAUGACUGAUAACUACUGACUGAUAACUAGGGGUGUGCAUUUUGGAAUUUUCUUGUUUCGAUUUGUAUCCGAAUCGAAACAUCCCCGUUUUGUUUUGUACCCAAAUUUUCUGAAUCCGAAUCAGCCCUGUUUUGUUUUGUAGCCAAAUUUUCCGAAUCCAAAUCAAUUUGGAUUUUAAAAAAGGGUCCCAGGGCAAAAAGAGUGGGUGGUGGUGGUGGUAGUGUCCAAUGGGUGGAAGCUACCACCCAAAUUUCAAAGGAAUUAGGCAAAGGGCUGAUUUUUUGGUGAUUUUUUUUAAAGUUUAUACAUCUUUAAGAAAUUUCCCAUAGGGAAUAAUGGGGAUUCCAGCAAAUGUAUUGCUUCAAAUCAAGGGGAAAGGGAUGACCCAGAGCAGAGUGUGGUGGGUGGUAGUGCCCAAUGGGGGCAAGGAAACUUCCAGAAUUAUUUCAAAGGAAUUGGGCAAAGGGCUGGUCUUUUGUGAUUUGUUGAAGUUUUAUGUGUCUUUAAGAUUUCUCCCAUGGGGAAUAAUGGAGGUUUCAGCAGCCCCAUAAUUCCACUUGGGGGGCACUGGGGUUGCCCAGAGCGAGGGGUUGUGUAGUGCGCAUAAGUUGCCAACCACACCCACACCCACAAGCCUGUGGGGUACUGGGUUUUGUUGUUUCUGAGGUGUUCACUGUAGAUUCUCUGGUAGCAUAUGAGAUUUUCAGUGAAAAACAAGAAUCCACUCUCAUAUGCUACCAGAGAAUCUACACUCAGAACACCACAGAAACAGCAGAACCCAGCAACCCAUGAACCCAUGGCAAAGGUGGGGUCAGUAAAGAGUGUGAAGAAGCAAAAGAGCCAAUGGGGAACAAGGAGGGAAUUGUCAGCAGGUCAGCCCACUGAUCAGAAGGCUGGAAGGGUGGGAAAUUCAAAGAGAUGUCAAACACAAAAUGGAGACUGACUCAGAGAUCGCUACAAAAUGGAGGUCCGAAACAACAAAACGUUUUGUAGCCGAAACAGGGAUGUUUUGUUUUGUAUACAAAACUUUUGGAUCUGGAAAAUUGGUGUUUUGUUUUGUCUACAAAACACCCGAAACAGGCUGUUUUGGGUACAAAACGUUUUGUAUCCGAAACGUUUCGCACAUCCCUACUGAUAACUACAAUGACCGAAUGACUGAUAACUACAAUCCAAUUGAUGGGGUCAGGUUAGGCCUUCCGGGCCCAUUUUACACACUAUACAGCAUCUUACUAAUAAAGUUUGAAUAGAGCUAAAGCUGGAGAUGUUACCAACACUUUGUUGUGAGAGGUUGAAGAAGUCUCGUAUGCCAAAUGGCAAACUUCCUUUGAAAUUAAGGAGAGAUUCCAAAACAGUUUGUGAUAUGGGCAAAUUCCAAAUUUGUUUGAUUAGCUCAGUUCUUCUCUUCAAAUGAACUUCUCACUCAGCUGCCUUUUCCACAGUCCUGUCAUGACUAGAGGAAAGGUGUAUGAGAUCACAUGGGAUCCAUAGUAUGCAUGGGUUGGGUAUGCAAUAGGCAAGAGCCCCUGAGCUAUGAUGUGGUUCUGCUGUUCAGUCCUCUGUUAUUAUUCAUGUAACUAAGAUGCUAAACUUGAAUUUAAACUGGAAGUGGCAAAAAGUAUAUAAAACAAGUUUUUCUCCUGCUAAUAUUGAUAGCAUACUGAACUUUGUGUACAAAUGUAGUUACUUGUUUCUACUUUCACUGACUGAAGUGGAUUUGGUAAUGUAAAUAAACUGGAUGUGUUAACAGCUGACAUUCCUUCCUAUUAUUUCUAUUAUUCCUUUUGAUAAAGUCAACUUUAUCAAAGGAGAGCUGGUCUUGUGGUAGCAAGCAUGACUGUGUCCCCUUAGCUAAGCAGGGU